GAAAAAAAAUAUCCGCUGUUGUUAUUAUUAUUAUUUGCUGUUAUUGUGGUAGAUUUAAUCUAUACGUGGUACUCGCAUGUAUUCAGAUCGCUACAACGUGUACUGUAGCUAGGUUACGGUCGAGGCGGACCACAUGGAGUUAACCGGCUUCAUGUAAAAAAUACCAGUUUUAAUAACCACCGGAUUAAUCCGCUAAAUCAGGGAUCAUCCGUGAGUUCGGCGGAGCCGGCUGUGUUGCUCAACGGUCAGGAAUGUCAGCUGGCACCGACGGCGGAGCUCGACUCCACCAGUUCAAAAACAAAGGCAAAGACACAAACGAGCUGAGGCGGAGGAGGGCGGAAGUGAACGUAGAGCUGCGAAAAGCCAAGAAAGAUGAUCAGAUCCUGAAGAGAAGAAACGUGCAAGAGUUUGUGGACGACCCCACCUCCCCUCUUCAAGAGAAGGAUCCCCACGCACAGCCUCCCGUGCACUGGUCAGUGGACGAGAUUGUAGCAGGUGUGCACAGCCAGAGUUUGAUCCAUCAGCUACAUGCAGCACAAGCAGUCAGAAAGCUUCUCUCCAGAGAAACGGAUCCACCUACUGACAUCGUCAUUGCUAGAGGCCUCAUCCCAAGCCUUGUUAGUUUUCUAGCGCUGUUUGAAUGCCCUCCUAUACAGUUUGAGGCAGCCUGGGCCUUGACUAACAUCGCCUCAGGAACUUCCUACCAGACCACUGCUGUAGUGCAGGGAGGGGCCAUUCCAGCCUUCAUCAAGCUGGUGACAUCGCCCCAGCAGCACAUCAGCGAGCAAGCCGUUUGGGCCCUUGGUAACAUCGCAGGUGAUGGACCAAAUUACAGAGACCUGGUGAUCAAACAUGGUGGACUUGAGCCGCUCCUGGGCCUGUUGGAAGCUCCCGACCUGUCUGUGUUUUCUUCCGGUUAUCUGCGCAAUGUCACAUGGACGCUCUCCAACCUGUGCCGGCACAAGAAUCCAGCCCCUCCUGUGGCGGCGGUGCAGCAGGUGCUUCCCGCCCUGGUGCAUCUCCUCCACCAUGAUGACAUGGAAGUCCUGGCUGAUACCUGCUGGGCUUUGUCCUAUCUGACUGAUGGCUCUAAUGAGAGGAUAGAGGCGGUGGUGCAGGCUGGUCCCGUGCCCCGUCUUGUGCAGCUUCUUUCCUGUGGGGAGCUUUCCAUUGUGAUAGCUGCUCUGAGGUCCCUUGGUAACAUUGUUACUGGAACAGAUGAGCAGACCCAGUGUGUGCUGAAUGCAGGUGCCCUGGGAAUAUUCCCCACUCUGCUGGGCCACCAAAAGCCCACGAUCCAGAAAGAAGCAGCCUGGACAUUGUCCAACAUCACUGCUGGCAAGAACACUCAGAUACAGGAAGUAAUUAACGCAGGCCUGAUACCCAUCCUGGUAGAGCUCCUCCAGCAGGGAGAUAGCAGAACCCAGAGUGAGGCCGUAUGGGCUGUCACCAAUUACACCAGCGGGGGAACAGUGAAUCAGAUGGCCUAUCUGGUUAGUUGCAACGUGCUGGAGCCUCUGCUCAAUCUACUGACAGCUAAAGACACCAAGAUGAUCUUGGUCAUCCUGGAUGCAAUCUACAACAUUUUACAGAUGGGACAAAACACUCAUGAGGUUGAGAAGCUGUGCCUGAUGAUUGAGGAGUUGGGUGGUUUGGACAAAAUUGAGGCACUGCAGUCUCAUGACAAUGAAGCUAUCUACAAGUCCUCCCUCAACAUUAUUGACAAAUUUUUCUCUGAAGAGAGUGAAGAUAAGUCUGUGGUUCCUGGGCCAGCUGGAGACUGCUAUGCCUUUCAUAACCCUGAGGACAAAAGUGCUUUUCAGUUUUAACAUGUUUUGUUUUCUCUGUGUAACAUUGCAAAAAAACAUUUUUACCUUGUGAUUUUUGUUUUUAUACCGUUUUUUUUUUGUUGUAUUUUUUUAUAAAUUUAAACUUUGUACACCAAUAUAUGGAAAAAAUAUUCUGUUUUAAAGAAAAAUUGUAUAAUUUUAUUUUUUAUUGUCUAUUGUUUAAUGUAAACAUUUCAAAGAACAGGAAAACGUGAAAUUUGUUUGAAAAAAAAAGUUAGAUACUUUCUUGUUGGAAGCAAUUGUCCUUCACCACUAGGUGGCACUGUUCUUUCUUUCUUCUUGUACGUUGUAAGGACUUGUAUUAUUCACAAAGUUCCAUAUGUGUUAUAUUUGUACAUUUUCAUAUGAAUAAAAUGCUUCAUUGCC